AUGGCACCAUUCAAGUUCUUCUUCUUGUCUUUCCUCUUUGCACUCUCACUUUCCGACACCGGUAAGGUCCUCGCCGACGGCCCUCCACCCAACUUUCCGAUACCCGGUUACCUCCCUCUCCCUCUCCCACCUCCUAGCCCUCCAAUGUUAACACCGCCACAAAAUUCACCACCACGGCGACCACUACCAUCGUACAUUCCAAUCCCUCCAUCACCACCUCAAUUUGUGACACCUUCGGCCGCUGCCAAGAAGCCCAUCGGGCUUCCUCGUGCCGCUAAUAGGCCCUAG